GUUGUAGAUUAAUUUACUAUGCUCAUGGAUCACAUAUCGAACAUCUAUUACAAUAAAUGUAUAAAAAUAAAAGAAUAAGAAACAUUCUAUUUUGUUUCAAAAUAAACUGAACGACCUGUAUAGUGAAAUGGGACCCAGCACGAGUUGCUGAAGAUAUGGAAACGUUGACAAGUAAUGGCAGUUACGUAUUCAACAACGAUGAAUGUUUAACACAAACAAAAAUAAAAAGUUAUUUUUCCCGUUUGGCCGUAAAACAACGAACAAUGCAGCAAGUACUUGAUCAACAAACAACAUCAAAUUCAAUAUCAUCUUCAUCAACAUCUCUUAGUACAAUUAAUACUAAUGAUAUCAAAUCAACGAAUACAAUCAGUAUGGCUGAAUUAAAUGACAGCGAAGAAGCAGAUGAUCGUGAUUUGGAAGUAUACUCAUGGCGUCAAAUGCUUGAUGAAGCACGAAAUAUUCUUGAAAAUUCACCAAUUUCUUCUGCUACAUCAACUUCUUCGACAGUAUCUGAUUCUGCAUCAAGUACACCUUCAACAAAAAGAAAGUCAAAAACUCAUACGUCACAAAGCAACAAAUACAAAAUCAAAUAA